CAGAAGGCUGGCGAGCAGCUAGCAUGGCAGAUGAGGAGGAAGACCCCACCUUUGAGGAGGAGAAUGAAGAAAUUGGAGGAGGAGCGGAAGGUGGCCAGGGGAAGAGAAAGAGACUUUUCUCGAAAGAAUUGCGCUGUAUGAUGUAUGGGUUUGGGGACGACCAGAAUCCUUACACGGAGUCCGUGGACAUUCUCGAAGACCUUGUCAUAGAGUUCAUCACUGAAAUGACUCACAAGGCAAUGUCGAUUGGAAGACAAGGUCGAGUGCAAGUUGAAGAUAUUGUCUUCCUAAUUCGAAAGGAUCCAAGGAAGUUUGCUAGAGUUAAAGACUUACUAACUAUGAAUGAAGAAUUGAAACGGGCUAGAAAAGCUUUUGACGAAGCCAACUAUGGAUCUUGACACCGUUCGUACUUCCCGAGAUUUUGGUAUUUUCUGUGGAAGCCAUACAUUGAAGUUGUUGUCUGCAGUAACAUGAUAGCUCGGUAUGCAAUGAAAGAGGUCUUCAACUGGAGCCUCCGUUGCCUGUCUUUAUCUGACCAUAUCUGAAUUGCUUCCUGGCUUUAAUAACUCCUAAGUUAAAGCAUUGCAAACCAUGCGGUUCCACCCGAAAGGGUGGAAGUAGUAUUUAUUCUUCUGGUAGACGUGUGUGUUCCAAGCUGUAUACCAUUGCUGCAUAGCAUACAAUCUGAAUGUCCUUUGAUUUUAUAAAUGGUGAGGCUGUGCUCUGUGUAUCUCAAGGCUUUAGAGGACAGUGGUGGGGGAGUUAUUAAAGAGAAUGAGCUGGCUUGUGGGGGUUUUUAAGAAACGAAAUUCUUGACUUAAUAGAUCAUUUGUUUUUAAUAUUCUUUUCUAAAGAACACUUUUUUUAAAAGAAACUAAUAUUUGCUAAGUGUUAGCAGUCCUCGUCUUCCUUGAUGACUGUAAAGCUUCCAAUACAAAUGCCUCAGUAGUGGGAACGGCAGGGCUUAAAGAGCCGAUGCCAGCCCAGGUGUUUCUGGCUGUGCUCUAGUGACGGAAAUGUAAGUACUUUAAUUGUGAGAACGGAGAGUUGAUUAAAUCUGUAUGUGGCUGUGCAAACCAUUUUCGCGGUUCAGGCUUUGUGUGUAGUUCACUUACGGUAUUAAAUUAUUAUUCUGCUUAGCUUAUAAUAAGGAUAAUUGCAUUUAAAGAGGUUACUGAAUGUUACUCUGAAACUUAGUGGUGCUUUUAACAUCUAAAUCAGUACUUGGGGAAAUACUAGCUGUUUAAUCUACUGAUACAAGGAAUAAAGAAUGAGGAAUUAAACACAUC